ACUUUCACUUUCAGGGAAGUAAGAUCCCACAAGUUGUGUGGUGUGGCAAAAAAAAAAAAAAAGAAAUUUUGUUGUGAAGGGGAGGAAAGAGAAUAGCUAGGUGGGACUUUGGGAUUGGAGGAUAGUGGCAUCCUUGUUUUUUGUUUUAAGUUAGAAAAUAGUCUGAAGAUUGUUGGACAUUGCUAGAAGGGAUCCAGUGCAGGAGGUAGAAGGGGAGAGACUGGUUAGCUGAUGGAUCACCAUCUCUCUGAGGAGGAGGAGGAGGAGGUUGGGGUCCACGGAGAAGAAACACUUCCUUUGCAGCAGCAAGAGGGGAGAACAGGGCAAAUGCAGGCAAACAUGUUAGAUUUGGGGGGACAUAUUUCUUAGCUAAUGUGUGUAAGUGUGUGAGGUCAGAGGCAAGUUAAUCUACUUCAGGUCAGAGUGAAGGAUGAAAUUUUGUAGCUUGUUGAGCUGCAAAAUUCAUGUGUGCUAAAUCAUUUCAGUCAUGUCCAACUCUUUGCAACCUCACGGACUGUACCCUGCCAGGCUCCUCUAUCCAUGGGAUUCUCCAGGCAAGAAUACUGGAGUGGGUUGCCAUGCCCUCCUCCAAGGGAUCUUCCCAACCCAGGGAUUGAACCGGUAUCUUUUAUAUCUCCUGCAUUGGUAGGUGGGUUCUUUACCACUAGCGCCACCUGGGAAGAUUUGAAAUAACCAUUUCAAGAAGAGUAGGCAAGUGAGCCUUCUGGAGCACUGCUGUUCUCAGAAAACAUAAGAACACAAGCCACGUGUGUCAUUUAGAAUUUGCUAGUAGCUACAUUAAAAAAAAAAAACAUAAAAAGGAAAGAGAAGUAGGAAUGCACAUACUGAACUAUAUCCAAACCAUCAUUUCAUCAUGAAAGCAAUAAACAACAGCUAUGGGUGAGCUCUUUCUCUGUCUCUGUUCCAAGUCUUUGAAAUGCAGUGUGUAUUUAUGCUUAGACGCAGUUUGGCCUAACCACGUUUAAGCACUCAGCAGCCUCAUGUGGCUCGUGGCUGCUGUAUUGGACAGCACAGAACUAGAGAGACAGGGCUCAGUUGCUGGUCACUGCUCAGGUCCCAGCUGUUGUCAGCAGCUAAGGGCUUAAAGUAGUGCCCAUCUGCCCAGUUGUGAGUUUUUUCCUCCACCUGUUCUUAACAGUUCCAGAGCAACCAAAGAGAAGGCAUUAAUUCAUUCUCAAAACGUAUUUAUUGGAUUCCUCCCGUGAACCAGGCACUGUGCUAGACGCUGGGGCUCUGAUAGUGGAGGAGACAGCCAAAGCCCGCUGGGCCCUCUCUGAACAGGCCAUCGAGUUGCAGACGUUACACUGCUUACGGCUGAGGUCUCAGAGAGUCAGAGAUGGGUGCCCAUGUGUCUCCGAGUGAUGCCAGGAAGAGAGGCCUCCACCAAAGCUCCUGGUGCCUCCGUUGAAGUUCCCCUACAGGAGUAAAAUGGAAAGAGAAUCAAGCAGCUUGGAAACCCAAACUCCCGUUUUCAUGAAGAAAAAGGCUAAGCAUUCUAAACAUAAGGACAGACAUCGGAGGCAUUCCCAGGAGAGUUUCAGAACCGACUCCCUGGCAAACGAGCAGUGUGACAUAACAAAGAGUAAAAAAAAGAGAAAGGACAGCCAGUGUCUCGUUUCUUCUCCUUUGAAGAUAUCAGAAAUCUGCGAUGAGACUGAAAUGGCCACAUCUAAACCAAAAAAGAAGAAAAAGAGAAGAAAAAGUGCUUCGGGAGUCGACGAGGAAACAGGUGUUGCGUACGUCCUGGUGGAUAAAGAAAAUAUUGAGAACACACCGAAGAAUUUCAGAAGCGAUGUGGAUGUCGUUUACGUUGAUGCGAGCAAGGAGCAGAAGUCGGCAGAACGGCCUGAAGUAGACGAACCCCAUUCAGUUACUAAGCCACGUGAAAACACGUCCGAGGAGCUGCACAGUGAAGUUCGGAAGAAGAAGAAGAAGAAGAAGAAGCACAAAAAACGUCAGAGGGAAGUUGAAUCCUGGGAUGCUGUCCAGGAAAGUCUGGGUGCAAGCAUCGCCCUGCCCAGGGCAGCCUCCCAGGAGCAGGAACCGCAGCCUCAAGUGGACCAAGAAGAGGGAAUCGUGCAACUCUCAAUGUCUGCGGGUCACAGCAAGUCCAGGAAAAGGAAGAGGAAGCAUCCAGAUCCCCCAGAAUUCGAGGCCUUGGCUGCGCCCAAGAGGGCCAAGAGUGUGUACUCGGAGGGAUCCCGAGUAGCCGACGAGGUCGAGACUUCAGGAGGCAGUCAGGAUUCCAGCGGCCUCAAGAAAAAGUCUAAGAAAAGGAAGCGAAGAUCUCUUGAGAGCACCAUGGAGCCUGGUGAUUUUUCAGUGCCCAGGAGGAGCUCUGAGGACACGCCUCUUGAUUCCCUGGAAGGUACCUUGGUUGAAGGAAGUGCGAAACCCAGGCCACAAGAGGAGAAUCCCCAGGCCUGUUCCAAAAAGGUGCAGAGGUCAGAACCUACAAAUGACGAUGAAAGCAAUUCGGCUAAAGAUUCCAUAGCUAAAUAUUUAUCUGAAGAUUCGCGAGAUUCCGAAGAUCCGGAGGUGGACUUGGAGUCUGCAGUGAAGCAGCUGCAGGAAUUCAUCCCCGACAUCAAGGACAGGGCUGCCACCACCAUCAAGCGGAUGUACCGAGAUGACCUGGGGCGGUUUAAAGAGUUCAAAGCCCAGGGUGUCACUAUUAAAUUUGGCAAGUUUUCCGUGAAGGAAAAUCAGCAGUUGGAGAAGAAUGUGCAAGAAUUCCUGUCCCUGACGGGAAUCGAGAAUGCAGACAAGCUGCUGUACGCAGACAGAUACCCGGAGGAGAAGUCUGUGAUCACCGACUUAAAGAGGAAAUACGCGUUCAGAGUGCACAUUAGUAAGGGCAUUGCCCGGCCCUGGAAACUCGUAUAUUAUCGAGCAAAGAAGAUGUUUGAUGUCAACAAUUACAAAGGCAGGUACAGCAAAGGAGAUACCGAGAAGUUGAAGAUAUACCAGUCCCUGCACGGGAACGACUGGAAGAAGAUUGGCGAGAUGGUGUCUCGAAGCAGCCUCUCCGUGGCCCUGAAGUUCUCCCAGAUCAGCGGUCAAAUUAAUCAUGGUGCCUGGAGCAAGACGGAAACCCAGAAACUAAUCAAGGCCGUUGAAGAAGUGAUUCUGAAGAAAAUGUCUCCCCAGGAGUUAAACGAGAUGGAUUCUAAACUGCAGCUGAACCCUGAAGGCCGCCUGUCGAUUGUUCGGGAGAAGCUCUACAAAGGCAUAUCCUGGGUAGAAGUGGAGGCUAGAGUGGAAACCAGGAAUUGGAUGCAGUGUAAAAGUAAGUGGACGGAAAUUCUAACCAAGAGGAUGACGAAUGGUCGGGACGUGUACCGAGGAGUGAACGCCCUGCAGGCCAAGAUCAAUCUGAUCGAAAGGUUGUACGAAAUAAAUGUGCAAGAUGUUAAUGAAAUAGACUGGGAAGAUCUUGCUAGCAUCAUAGGGGAUGUUCCCCCAUCUUACGUCCAGACUAAAUUUUAUAAACUGAAAGCUACCUGCGUUCCCUUUUGGCAGAAGAAGACUUUCCCAGAGAUCAUAGACUACCUUUAUGAGACUAGUCUCCCGCUGCUUAAAGAGAAGUUGGAGAAGAAGAUGGAGAAAAAAGGGACUGAGAUCCAGGCUCCAGCAGCCCCUAAGCCUGUCUUCCUGUUUCGAGACAUCUUUUAUUAUGAUGACGACGACAGUGAGGGAGAAGACAGAGAUGAAAAAAACUUCAUUGUCUAACGAGGAGGCCAGGACCACAGCACGGAGGAGGCAAACAAUGGGCGUCGCUGCAGGAGCCGGGCGUCUCUUCUCGGAGUCGUUGCAGGAGCCGGGCGUCUCUUCUCGGAGUCGUUGCAGGAGCCGGGCGUCUCUUCUCGGAGUCGUUGCAGGAGCCGGGCGUCUCUUGGAGUCGUUUCAGGAGCCGGGCGUCUCUUGGAGUCGUUGCAGGAGCCGGGCGCCUCUUCUCCUCGGAGCACUACUUUCAGCUCAGCAAACAUCGUGGGCCACUUGUGCUGUGAGCCAGGCCCUGUUCAGAGCUAAAGAUGCGAGAGGGAACCACGCAGACUUGGUUCCUGUUUUCCUGGAGGCCACACAAUCUAGCCCUUCCUGAACACGUUUUCAAAUUCACCUCCUGAAAUACACGCCACAAUUAUAAUUCUUCAACCUCAUCAAAUAAUCCAUUGAUCCAUCAGCCCACUCCUAGCCUAUCCAGGGCUUCAUCGUGACACUCCCUCCCUUCUGAACAAGACCUGGGUGAGUCCUUCCAUCUGCCUCCUACUUGCACCACAAGAGCCAAGUAUUCCUAGAAAAAAAUCACACAACUGAGCUGGUUGAAUGACUGUAAACCUUGAAAGGACCCAGUGUUAUCAGCAACCCUCUGACAGGCUUACUGUUCUUUGACCCGCAUCAGCUAUUCUGUAUAUUCAACUCUCCCAUGUCCCUCCUCUGUUCUUUCCUCGGUUCAUUGAGAAAAUUGAAGCCAUUGUCCAUCAACUCCCUCUCCCCUACACCAACCAGUCAACCGUGCCUUCAUCUAUACUCAUUCCUCCUACUGCAAGCUGAGUCCCUCUACCUGAGCCCUUCAGUCUGUCUCCUUUAUCUUAGAGAUUUCGAACCUUUGCUGACUCUUCUAAAUUAUCAGUUUCAUCAUCUAUCCUGGAGGAGAAGCAGAUGACAUCGGAUGAGAUGGUUGAAUGGCAUCACCAACUCGAUGGACAUGAGUUUGAGCAUACUCCGGGAGAUGGUGAAGGACAGGGAAGCCUGGCAUGCUGCAGUCCCUGGGGUGGUGAAGAAUCGCACAUGACUUGGUGACUGAAUAACACCUAUUCUGGAUCCUUCAAGCCACCUUUGAUUCUACGUAUACAGAAUCAAAUAGCACUUUCUGCUACACUCCUCCCACUGCCCUCAACUUCUAAUUGUUCAUGUUCCUAGAGGCUUUGGGGGGCUCUUCACAGUCUCCCAGUGCCUUGAAAUAACAUCUAUAGGCUGAUGGCUCUGAAAUGUGUAGUUAGAGGUCAGAUUCUCCCACAAACCCCAAGCUACAAAAUUUAUCUGCCUACCUGCCAUCUCCACUCAAGCAUCUUACACCUCACUUUGACAUGUUACAAACAGCUUUGUAGUUGUCUACACACACCUCAGAGUCUCACCCGCGCCCAGCCUUCCUCAUGGCUGCUGCUGGUGUCACUGUUCACGGCACUGCUCCAGUCAGAAACCCGGGAGUCAUCCGUCCUUGCUGUGCGCACCUUCCCCCAGCGCCUCCACAGUCAGCCGGUCAGCAGGCCCCCUCAAUUCUGCUUCCAGACACUGACCUGCACCUGCGGUGUGCCUCCACCAGCCACCUUAAUCUUGGGCAGCACCCUCUUUGUAGGAAAUAUACUGACCUCCCUGCAUUCACUACUGGUCCUUUUUCAAGCUAGACUCUCUACAGCUGCAAAAUGGGUCAUGUCAUCACCCUGUUUAGAACCUUUGAAAUGACUUCUCGCUGCACUUUUGGAUAAUGUUCAAACUCUAUGUCGUUGUCUACGAAGGUUCUGCACAAUCUUAUCUUUCUAGGCUCCCAUUCCCCUCGCUCUACAAAAAAAUAAAUAAAAACUUAAGGAAUCCCAUCAGUACAAUUCACCAUGUUAAUGAAGAAUAAAAGCUACAUGUGGGGGCAAAAAAUAAGGAAAUUGCACUUGAUAAAUUCCAGCUCCAACCAAUAAGAAUAGACGGCAACCACCUCAAACUGGUAAAGGUUAUCUGCAAAAACCUGCAGCCAACAUUAUUCUUAAAGGCAACACACUGAAAUGUUUCGCUUUGAGAUAAAGAAAGAGAAGGAUUCCUACACUUAACUCCUCAGCCUUAGCCAGUCAGUGCUGUCAGGGAAGGAAAGGAAGUGAAAGCUACAUGGAUUGGGAAUGAAGGUCUAAAAUGGCCAUUAUCCAUAGAUGAGUUGAGUGUGAACUCAGGAAAUCCAAAAGACUCUGUAAAGGAUGUAUUGGAAUUAAUGUGUUAAGCAAAGUUACUAGAGACAAGUUCAAUAUAUAAAAAUCA